CAAUAGCUGCAUUUGCCUCGUGUAACUAGGCCACCUCUCUCGAGACCAUGCGCACUGCCUUGCAGCAUCCAUCUCUCCUCGUCUACGCUCUCGCUCCUCAUCACCUUGCUCUGGACACGCAUCCGCAAUGCUACUUCACUCGGUCACUGGAUUCCAUUCUCCUUCGCGGUCUCUUUGCCCUUUCUAUAUGCUGUUGUCCUAUGUACCCUUAUAGCCACCAUCUCCGACCUCCAUCUAUGCGAAUUGCCUCGCGAUUGCCCACAAUCAGCAUACAAGCUUAGCUUCAGCUCGGCACCAGUGUCAGAACCCUCUUGCUACAAUUUACUAUCACGAUAACGGGAAAGCAAUGCCAAUGUGCUAUCACGACUUUGAUGACCCACUGGUCCAUUGGAUGCGUCUGCGCGCAUGUGCGUCGAGUGGCAAAAAGUACGCAUACACGCGAGAAGGAUCAGCGCCGGACUGUGACUUCGUCUUUGCCCCUCUUUGCCUUGAACAGAUCUUCGUGCGCCUGCCUCGGCAGUUCAAUGACCAAUUCUUCGUAGGGCUCGAUCCUCCCCUUUUGAACCGAGUCGCCCAAAUCUUUUCCCAAAUUCGCUCUCUCGACGCUCUUGUUGCUCCAAUAACGUCUUGCCCGGAUCGACGGGCGCGCGAGGUCUUCUUUGAGCCUUUCAGAUUUGGAUUUGAUCCGAACGGGCU